GAGAAAUCGGACUGCACCCUCUCCGCACUCCAUAUGGACCAUACAUGAUGGCGGUUGAUGUGUCGACAAAUGGCCAUGUAGUGGACCGCGCCGAAUUGCGUAGGGCGCUGGUGACCAGCUCUACAAAACGUCGGACAUCGGAGUUGUCAAGCCUCCACUUUCAGUUCGAGCACGAGACUUUCACUCAGUCCGAACUUCCCUUUCUUCUCGACCUGCUCUUCGAAACAUAUGCAAUCUACCAAGAUCGUGCAUCUCGUCAAGCGGUCGAAAACAUUCUGAAGGUUUUGGCAAAUGGCUCUUAUGCCCCCGCCGCCAUACCAACGAUAUCAGCCUUCUUGAAGAAGGAGUCCUUGAGAAAGAACAUUUCCGCCGCCGACGCCUUUGUCUUGGUCGACUGGUGCUCUGUUCUGCUUCAACAAUCCGCCAAGGAGCCCGAACAAUGGUCAAAGUGGGGGUUGGAGAUAGCCAGUGCAGACGCAAAACUUCUCGAGACAUGCAUGGCUUCAGGCGACUCCCGUCGUGCCGCUCGCAUACAACACUCCGCUUUGGUUGUCACACGUAGGGCUUUCCGGAGACUAUUUGGAUCGCAAGAGAUUGGGCAGGAGGCCUUGUCCAAACUGGUUACAACAUUCACGGCCAAGGGCUCCUCCCCCACCGCUGGAAAUGCAGUUGUGCUAGGGGUCAUUGCCGGUGUGUCGUCACGUCUGUCCGCUGUUAAACCCAUGUUGGAGCAGCAGAAAGCAGAGUACUACACUUUCUAUGUACGAGAAAUCAUCGGUUCAAGAACGCAGCUCCCCGGCCACAUUUCCAACGGACUCCACGAUUUCUUCGAUGCCUUCCCCACCGUUGAUGAGCUCAAGAAAGAGGUGAUCCCGCCAAUCGAAAAGGCUCUCCUCCGAUCUCCAGAGAUAGUCCUCAAUGAUGUCGUGUCGCCUAUGAUUAUGGCGCUUCACCAAUCUCUCGAUCUAUCCUCGAUUUUGCAUGAUAACCUGCUGAAACCUCUCCUGUCCAACGUCAAGUCGACCAAUCCGACGAUACGAGCAGGCGCGCUUCGCACUUUUCAGUCAUUAGCCGCGCGAUCUCAUGAUGAUACACUCAUUGACAAGGUGGCGGACGAGAUUCUAGGUCCAUUGAAGCAAGGAAAGCUUCCGUCCGCCGAUCAAAAGGUGCUCCACGCCCAGAUGCUUGCAUCAUUAGGCAGUUCCGUGCAGCUGGCCCAGAAAAUCCCCGUAGCAUUGGCACCCGUGGCUUUGAAGGAGCCCAACGAGGCAGCAGCGAUUGCAGAGGUCUCCGCAUUGUCGAAGCAUCUCGCAUUCGGCCUCGCCAACGGCGUUCAGCUGGAGAAGGCGUUGACUGAUGCGUUCGGUAAGGGUAUGGCAGAUAAGAGGAUACCCAUCCGUCGGCUCUGGGCGCUUCGUGCGGCAGAACUGUGGUGGCAACUCUCCUCGGAUCAAUAUGCCCAGUCUGAUAUCCAAUCAUUUUGCCAGGCAACCUUGCCCACGCUCGUUGAGAUGUGGAAGGACGUAGUUGCUAACCCGAUUCCUUCAAUGCAAAGCGGGAUGGUGACUGUAGGCCAUUUCCUCACCGCUAUCUUGCUCUCCAGAGUCCGAACGACAGUUGAGCCGAAUCUCUCUGCCAUCUACAGGAAGACGGACGCUGUUAGCCAAACGCUUGCCAUUCGGCCGAAGCCAUCUUUUCUCUUAAACCCGCGUGUCUACACCAAGCUGUCCACUGUAGAGGAUAUAGAAAUCGCUCUCCGCGCAUUCAUAGCCGUCGCACCAUGGGUCUACGAAGAUGCGAGUCCAGAGGAGACGAGAGAGGCGUGGGCACAGGCCAUGAUCUAUUUCAUUGUUUCCGAAACGUCUUCGUCGAAGGCAAAGUCUGCCGCGAGGAAAGCCCUCACGCAGUUGUAUCUCCAAUCACCGGCUGAAGUCAGCAAAAUCAUGACCCAGGGCCUUUGGACAUGGUACAAAUUGAGCCUGCAAGGUGAGAAGGAUAGCGCGGCGGUAGCAGCCAAAACAGGCGCCACCGAGCUGUCCAUGGUUUUGCAUGCAUUCUGUCUACCUCAGGACCAGCUGUCAAAGGACGGGGCAAACAUCCCCGAGGAUAAGCUGCACCAUCAAUGCAUUCAGCUUCUCGUCCUCGCUCGGCCAGAAGUGAUACCCCGAGCUUCAUGGAUCGAUCUCUGUCUUAGGAUGGGCGUGGAUCCUGGAGCUCUUGCGCGAAAGAACCUCGACCAAUUGCUCGCAUUGGCCAAUAAAACUAUUGAGGAAAAUGCGGACUCUGCCUUCCCUGACAUAAAUCAGGCUGCCUAUAAAGCGUUUACGGAUCUGGCGUACGUGGCUCCUGACGUAGCUCUGCCUGCUGUGGUGCGCCAAUUCGGCGAGGACCUUGAUCCUGGUCAACUUGACUCUGUUGGACCUACGGAAGCUGCCAUCUAUCGUACUCCAGAAGGGACGGCAUAUAUUGACGUGCUAUCCAAAAAAGCACCAGGCCCCAUUGACAAGAACACAAAGGAUUACGACACUUUGAAAUGGGAAGAGGAACUUCGCGCUCAACUGGCGCAAAAGAAAGGACAAACCAAGAAGCUAACUGCCGAAGAACAAGCCAAGGUCAACGCGCAACUGGCAAAGGAGUCCGUUAUAAGGAAUGAGGUUUCGAAGAUAGCGAAGAAGAUGAAGCGGGGAGUCGGGAUAAUACAAAGCCUCGCCACCGGACCCCCUACUGAAGCCGAGCAGUGGAUGGGCCCUGCCUCCAAUCUCCUUAUACAAAUAGUACGUGCAGGUGCUGGUAUCGUUCUUGGAGAUCUGCCUGCGCUUGCAUUCAUCAAGUGCUCCCAGCGCAUCUCCAAUCGGCUUGGUGUGCUCAAGCCAUUCAUCGGUGCUGCUACCCUGAGAACCAUUGGGACGCUCCAACUUCCAAAGGUGUACGAGCAAGAAAACCUCGGAGAUUUGGUGACACGCGUACUCUAUAGGCUUCGUUUCAUGAGUGAGCAGCGCCCGUUAGACACAGUGUCUCUCGCAUACUGCUUCCCCCUCAUCUUCCUUGUCCUCGAGAAAGGUGGCAUCGGGCGCUCGGAUCCGGAAGAAGCCGACGAACAGCUUGUGCUGGCGCUUGAGUACCUCUCUUUUCACACCAAUUCCUGCGGUGAUGAAAGACUCCCGCGCAAGGAGCUUCUUGAGAUCCUGAUUGCGUCGUUGCAACGGUACAAUCAACACUAUAAACUCAUCAAAGAUUGUCUUAUGGACUUGGCACGAGGACUUGCCCCAAACAUCUCCGACGCAGAGCUCGCUGCGUUUUUGAAGGGUACCAUUGUUCCUGAGAUCUCCGUUCGAACGACAUGCCUGCAGGCCAUUGAUGCCGAGCUAGAUAUGAACGACAUGGAGUUCAGCGAGGAGAUUUGGCUGGCUUGUCACGAUGAUGUUUCGGAAAAUGCGGAGCUUGGUCGCACGAUAUGGGAAGACAAUGAGCUUGAGCUUCAGCCAGAGGUUGUGCGACAAAUUACGCCCUAUCUAGACUCGUUGGACAAACAAUUGCGGAGAGCCGCCGCGCGAUCCCUUGGAGAGAUCAUCGCUACCUUUCCCGAAGCGUUCAAUGAGUUAUUGAAAUCCUUGCAAGACGCUUAUAAGGAAAAGGCAAAACCAAGGGCGCCGGAGCGAGAUGAAUACGGGAUGCCACGGAAGGUUGACCUGAGAGAUCCAUGGGAAGCCCGUGACGGCAUCGCGCUUGCGUUCAAAGAGAUGACUCAUGUGUUCCCAGAGGAUGGACUGGCUGACUUCAUGCACUUUUUGGUCUACGACGGACCGCUUGGAGAUCGUACUGCUACCGUUCGCGACGAAAUGAUCGAAGCAGCCACCGCCAUCAUCACAACAAAAGCCCAGAACCAGGUAGAGGCGCUUAUGAAACUCUUUGAAGACGCUUUGGAAGGACCCGACCGAAAAUCCGAGAAAUAUGACCAGGUCAACGAGGCCGUCAUUGUCCUUUACGGUGCACUUGGUCGCCAUUUGAAAGCAGGAGACGAACGAGUGCCCAAGGUCGUCCAACGCCUCCUCGCCACAUUGAGCACGCCAUCUGAAACUGUCCAGUAUGCUGUCGCACAAUGUCUUCCACCGCUUGUACGAACAUCUGAGCAGGAGCUUGACAAGUACAUUGAACAGAUGAUGGAACAGCUUCUUCAGUCAAAAAAGUAUGCCCCCCGACGUGGUGCGGCCUAUGGUCUAGCAGGGAUUGUCCGCGGGAAAGGCCUGGGUGUUCUCCGUGAAUACCGCAUCCUGUCAACCCUGCAGGGCGCAACAGAAAAUAAGAAAGAUGCUAACCAACGGCAAGCCGCUUUUCUGGCCUACGAGCUCCUCUCUCUCAUUCUGGGCCGCUUGUUCGAACCUUAUGCUAUCCAGCUCGUGCCCCAGCUAUUAGCCGGUUUCGGAGACUCAAGCAACGAUGUAAGAGAAGCAUGUCUGGAUGCUGCGAAAACGUGUUUCUCCACUCUCAGUUCGUACGGCGUCAAACAAGUGUUACCGACCCUUCUAGAAGGCCUGGACGACCAGCAGUGGCGCAGCAAAAAGGGUGCUUGCGAUUCUCUAGGUGCCAUGGCUUAUUUGGAUCCGAAUCAACUUGCCUUAAGCCUGCCGGAGAUUAUUCCUCCCCUAACAACGGUGCUAACUGACAGCCACAAAGAAGUCCGGGCUUCCGCAAACCGCGCCUUACAGCGGUUCGGAGAAGUCAUCAGCAACCCAGAGAUCCAGAGUGUUGUCAACAUCAUUCUUAAAGCUCUCAGUGACCCCACCAAGCACACUGAUGCCGCACUGGACGCUUUGAUCAAGCUACAGUUUGCUCAUUAUCUCGACGCUCCAUCUCUUGCACUUGUUGUUCGUAUCCUAGAACGUGGUCUGGCCGACCGAUCUGCUACCAAGCGAAAGGCGGCUCAGAUUAUUGGAAGCUUAGCUCACCUGACAGAACGGAAGGAUCUCAUUUCGCAUCUGCCUAUCUUGGUGGCUGGUCUGCGGGUGGCGAUCGUUGAUCCGGUACCCGCCACACGUGCUACCGCUGCUAAAGCUCUUGGUUCCCUGGUGGAGAAACUUGGAGAAGACGCCCUACCGGAUCUCAUUCCCAGCCUCAUGGCCACCCUCAAGUCAGACACUGGAGCUGGCGACCGGUUGGGAUCCGCCCAGGCGCUCUCGGAAGUCCUGGCCGGCCUUGGAACGAGUCGUCUCGAGGAAACUCUUCCCAGCAUCUUACAGAAUGUCUCCAGCAGCAAAUCUUCUGUACGGGAAGGCUUCAUGUCUCUCUUCAUCUAUCUGCCCGCAUGCUUCGGUAACAGCUUUGCCAACUACCUCAGCAAGAUCAUCCCGCCUAUCCUGGGAGGUCUGGCCGACGACGUGGAGUCGAUUCGCGAGACUGCUUUACGUGCAGGCCGACUGCUGGUGAAGAACUUUGCCAGCAAAGCCAUCGACCUGUUACUACCCGAACUGGAGAGGGGCCUUGCUGAUGACAGUCACCGUAUUCGUCUCAGCUCCGUUGAAUUGGUUGGCGAUCUGCUCUUCAACCUAACCGGCAUCAGUGCCAAAGCUGAGGCCGAGGAAGCCGAGGAGGGUGCCAAGGAGGCGGGACAGUCUUUGUUGGAAGUACUCGGCGAAGAGAAGCGGAACAAGGUUCUGUCCGCGCUCUAUAUCUGUCGCUGCGACACUUCUGGACUUGUUCGUACGGCUGCUGUCAAUGUUUGGAAGGCACUGGUUGCGACGCCCCGAACCCUUCGCGAGCUUAUCCCUACGCUCACGCAAUUGCUCAUACGGCGCCUCGCCAGCUCCAAUAUGGAACAGAAAGUUAUCGCGGGCAACGCACUCGGAGAGCUUAUUCGAAAAGCUGGAGACGGUGUAUUGGCGACCUUGCUUCCUACUUUGGAAGAAGGCCUGCACUCUCCUGAUACCGACGCGAAGCAGGGUAUUUGCAUUGCCUUGCGAGAACUAAUUGCAUCGGCGUCGCCAGAGGUCCUCGAGGAGCACGAAAAGACACUCGUACAAGUGUUGCGCACAGCGCUUGUUGAUUCCAAUAGUGACGUCCGGGAAGCUGCCGCAGAAGCAUUUGAUGCUUUGCAGCAGAUCCUGGGUAAGAGGGCUGUGGAGCAUGUGCUGCCUUAUCUGCUCAAUCUUCUCCGCAACGAGGAAGACGCCGAGAAUGCUCUGGCCGCUCUACUCACCCUGCUCACCGACCAUGCCCGAUCUAACAUUAUUCUGCCGAAUCUAUUGCCAACUCUCCUCAAAUCUCCCAUGUCUUCCUUCAAUGCUCGUGCCAUUGCCUCGUUGGCUGAAGUUGCCAGCGGAGCCAUGACACGGCGAUUGCCAAAUGUGCUGAAUACAAUCAUGGACAACAUUGUCGCAUGCAAGGACGCCGAGCUCAGAUCCGAGCUUUCGGCUGCGUUUGACACCGUCCUGCUGUCGGUCGACGAGUUCGAUGGCCUGAACACUGCUAUGAGCGUCAUGCUUGCUCUUGUGAAGCACAACGACGAGCGGAGACGAGCUGCUGCUGAUAACCACUUGGCGACAUGGUUCGAGAAGACUGAAGUGGACUUCUCUCGGUACUAUCCAAAUAUUAUUCAAACGCUGCUCAUGGCCUUUGAUGACAGUGACAAAGAGGUUGUCAAGGCUGCAUGGACGGCCCUCAGUGCGCUUACGAAGCGACUGAAGAAGGAGGAGAUGGAGUCUCUGGUCAUCUCCACCCGUCAAGCACUCAACCAGGUGGGAGUGCCUGGCGCCAAUCUCCCUGGUUUCUCUUUGCCAAAGGGCAUCAAUGCAAUCUUGCCGAUCUUCCUGCAAGGUCUCAUGAACGGCACAGUGGAGCAGAGAACCCAGGCAGCACUAGCCAUCUCGGAUAUCAUCGAUCGCACAAGCGACAAAGGCUUGCAACCGUUCGUUGUUCAGAUCACAGGUCCUCUUAUCCGUGUGGUGGGAGAGCGAUCGGUCGAAGUCAAGGCUGCUAUUUUACUUACACUGAACAACUUGCUUGAGAAGAUUCCGACGUUCCUCAAGCCCUUCCUUCCUCAACUUCAGAGAACAUUUGCCAAGGCCCUUGCGGAUACCUCAUCUGAAGUUCUGAGAGCGCGUGCCGCCAAAGCGCUCGGGACUCUGAUUACGAUGACACCCCGCGUCGAUCCCUUGAUCGCAGAACUGGUCAGUGGCUCCAAGACUGGUGACCAAGCUGUCAAGAACGCCAUGUUGAAGGCCCUGUUUGAAGUGGUGAGUAAGGCGGGGACGAACAUGAGUGAGGCGAGCCGGAAUGCCAUUCUCGGCCUCAUCGAUACCGACGCCGACCAAGUAGACGAUGCCAUGUCUAUCACUCACGCCCGCCUUCUCGGAGCCCUGAUUGGCAAGCUUCCACAGGAGACUUCAACUGGAUUGAUCAAGUCCCGCGUUCUUACGACCCACUUCAGCAAAUCUUCCAUUCUAGCGCUCAAUGCCAUUCUCCUAGAUUCCCCCGACACGCUUACAUCGUCUUUCGCGGACGACACAGUCUCUAUCAUCUGCCAAGCCAUUGCCCACUCUCAACCCGUCAUCUCUGACAACGCCGUCCUUGCAGCAGGCAAAUACCUGCUCAGUCCUCACACCACCAAGACCUUCGAACACACAAAACCUUUGUUUGAAGCACUGGCACCUAUCAUAGAACCUGGCCAUCCAGUCGACAGCCGCCGCCUGAGCCUCGUCGUCUUGCGAACCGUAGCACGUCAACAUAACGACCUCGUGCGCCCUCACAUUCCCCUCUUCGCGCCCGUUAUCUUCAGCUGUGUGCGGGAUCCCGUCAUCCCUGUCAAGUUGGCUGCUGAAGCAGCAUUCCUGGCGCUCUUCUCCGUUGUGGACGAGGAGGGGGCUGUGUUUGAGAAGUAUAUGUCCGGGUCUGGCAAGUCAUUGACGCCGGGACAGCAGAGGAGCAUGGGAGAUUAUUUCAAGAGGGUUAGCUUGAGGUUGGCGGGACAGGCGAGGGAGAGGAGAGAGGCCGAAGGCGGUGCUGGCGGUUUGGGAUUGAGCAGUGAUGAGGUGGAGGAUGAGAGGGAGGUGUGGAGUGUGGGGAGGCUGGAGUUGGGGGAUGUCUUUGGUAGUGAUUAAAGGAAACCCUGUGGAAAUGCAUAGCGGGAAUAGAUGGUGCCGAACGUUUUAUGAAUCUAGAGAAAAGCGAAUUCUUGAUGGAAUGGGCCAAUUUCUGCAAGCGUACGUUUCUCCAACUCUCUCUUACCGAAAAC